CCAGCAGCAAAAAUGGGUCGUUGCAUUCCUGUGACGCCAGGGGGCUGGGACGCACUCCUGCGCCGAAGAGCAAAACAUUGGAAUCUCGUGGAAAAAAGAGGAGUUGUGCGUAAAGCCCUUUAACUUAAUCGAAGUCAUCUGUCUGUUGUCCCCUACUCCUCCGUAGCCCGAGGUUUCAUUUUUCUCUGCCAGUCAGCAAACGCAGCUGCUUGGAUACUGUCGUGGAUAUGUACUGAAACUAAUCGAGGAGUGCGUUUUUGAGAAAUAUUUUUGGGGACGGCACCCUUUCUUCUUCGCUGAGGAAGCGAGGAGAUUUAUCCACGCGGGAGAACGGAAAGAUUCAUUUUGAUGGCUGCAUUAUGCAUCACUGUGUGUCUGUCCUGCAUAACCUCUCCUCUCCCAGUGCUGCCGAGGAAGAGCCCGACAUGAGCGUGCUGCCGCCCGUUAGGAGGGACCGGGUCAUCGCCCAGAUGCCUCCGUGCUUCAGUAAGGAGGCUGCCCUGCACACCAAGGAGGAAUUCCACCCCAAAGUCAAGACCGCCUGCCAGGAACAGAAGACUGGGACAGUAGGCAGGUUUAAGAUCUCCAAGGUGAUUGUGGUGGGUGACUUGGCUGUGGGGAAAACCUGCUUGAUUAAUAGGUUUUGUAAGGACACUUUUGACAAGAACUACAAGGCCACCAUCGGUGUGGACUUUGAGAUGGAACGCUUUGAGGUGCUUGGGGUGCCCUUCAGUUUACAACUAUGGGAUACAGCGGGACAGGAGAGGUUUAAAUGCAUAGCAUCUACAUACUACAGAGGAGCACAAGCGAUCAUAAUUGUAUUUGACUUGACGGAUGUGUCAUCACUUUCCCACGCCAGGCAGUGGCUGGAGGACGCCAUGAAGGAGAAUGACCCGUCCAGUGUGCUACUCUUCCUGGUCGGAACCAAGAAAGACCUGAGUAAUCAGACACAGCCCAUACAAACCAACCUUAGAAGGAAGUCUCCUGCCCAGUACUCUCAGAUUGAGGAGGAUGCCAUCCGACUGUCAGAGGAGUUAAAGGCAGAGUACUGGGCUGUCUCGGCUUUAUCAGGAGAGGGCGUAAGAGAGUUCUUCUUCCGUGUGGCAUCUCUGACAUUCGAGGCCAACGUGCUGGCCGAACUGGAGAAGGGUGGAUCCAGACGGAUCGGGGAGGUUGUCAAAAUCACCAGCAAUUCAAACAACACAAAGACCACGUCUAAGAAGAAACACCCCAACUGCUGUCAAUGAGGGAGAUUCUGGGAUGUUGUUUGAGGACUGUCAGCAGCCAAUGACUAUAAUAUUCUUAUGUGCAAUCAUUGGCCAGCAGCUGCAAAGAUUCUAGAAUCUUUGGUCAGCAGAGAUCGCACCAUAUCCAGAUGCAUGUAUCGAGCUACACAGGAAGAGGGGCAGUGACACAAUGGAAAUGAGAGUUGUUCGCCUCUUUAAAAUGUAUAUGAACAGCUUUAGACAGAAGACAAGGACUAUUUAUUCUAUUAUUUAGUUUGUUCAAGAAGUUGGAAUGUCAGCUGGGCUGGUCUUGACCUUGUCGUUUGCCACACUUGUGGAUAACCUGGAAAAAUAUCAUAAGUCUACAGAAGAAUUAGCAUUUGAACGUUUUCACUGAUUUUUGUUUUAUUAUUAUUUACUCAUUUUAGUAUUGUAAAAAAUACUUUGCAUGUGUGCAUUUCCUUAAAAUGGAUGCUUUUGCACAGCUUAAAAAUAUUUGAGUUAA